UGCAGUGUCGGCGGCGGCCGCGCGGCGCGGGGUGCGUGAGCGAUGGCGGCGGACCCCAGCUCCUUCUCUUCGCCCUCCUGCUGCCGCACGUACCACCUCUACCUGCGCUGCCGCGUCGACUUCGGCGCGCGGGCGCUGCGGGGCACGGCGGCCUUCACGACGCGCGCCGAGCGCGAGGCGCUGCGUCGCCUGGUGCUGGAUACAAGAGAGGUACAGGUAUUUAAAGUGACUGUAAAUGGACAGGAUGCUGAAUUUGGGUUUGGAGAAAAGCACAGUUUCAAGGGGACCCCCUUGGAAGUCACACUUCCCUUUGAGCUAAGAAGGGGACAAGAAGCAAUUGUUGAAAUCUCCUUUGAGAGCUCUCCAAAGUCUUCAGCUCUCCAGUGGUUUUCUCCUGAGCAAACGUCUGGCAAGCAGCACCCAUUGCUCUUCAGCCAGUGUCAGGCUGCCCACUGCAGAGCCAUCUUUCCAUGCCAAGACACACCUGCUGUGAAGAUAACCUACUGUGCAGAGAUCUCUGUUCCUAAAGAGCUGGUGGCCCUUAUGAGCGCGACUCGCGAGGGAGAGCUGCCUGACCCAGAGGACAGCAGUCGGAAGAUAUACCAGUUCAGCCAGAAUGUUCCUAUUCCUUGCUACUUGAUUGCUUUAGUAGUUGGGGCUUUAGAAAGCAGGAAGAUUGGCCCAAGGACACUGGUGUGGGCUGAAAAGGACCUAGUGGAUAAAUCAGCCUAUGAAUUUGCAGAGACUGAAGCCAUGCUGAGAACAGCAGAAGAUUUAGCAGGGCCCUAUGUGUGGGGACAAUAUGAUUUGUUAGUCUUGCCACCUACUUUCCCUUAUGGUGGCAUGGAGAAUCCUUGUCUUACUUUUGUAACUCCGACAUUGCUGGCAGGUGAUCGAUCUCUAUCAAAUGUCAUUGCUCAUGAAAUCUCUCACAGCUGGACAGGAAACUUGGUAACAAACAAAAAUUGGCAGCACUUUUGGCUGAAUGAGGGCCACACUGUGUACCUGGAGCGCAGGAUUCAGGGGAGGCUCUUUGGUGAGCAGUUCAGGCACUUCCAAGCCCUGGGAGGUUGGAGGGAGCUGCAGCAUUCAAUAAACACUCUUGGAGAUAAAAAUCCUUUAACUAACCUCAUCCCUAAUCUGAAUGAAGUAGAUCCUGAUGAUGCCUUUUCCUCUGUUCCAUAUGAGAAAGGCUUUGCUUUGCUUUUUCACCUUGAGCAACUUCUUGGAGGACCAGAUGUCUUCAUGGGCUUCCUGAAGGCUUACAUUCAGCAGUUUGCUUAUAAGAGCAUAGCAACUGAGGACUGGAAGAAUUUCUUGUACUCCUACUUCAAGGAUCAGGUCGAUGUCCUGGAUAAGGUUGACUGGAACUCAUGGUUUUAUGCUCCAGGCAUGCCACCAGCAAAGCCUACGUAUGAUAUGACACUUUCAAAUGCCUGCAUUGCCUUGUGUGAAAGAUGGGUCAAAGCAAAAGAGAGUGAUUUGGACUCAUUCAGCUCAGAAGACCUGAAGGAGAUGUCCUCUCAUCAGCUGAUUGAGUUCCUGGCGCUGCUGCUUCUGGAGCCUCCUCUUCCACUGUCAUAUGUCCAGAGAAUGCAGCAGGUGUAUAACUUCAAUGCUAUAAACAACUCUGAAAUAAGACUCAGGUGGCUGCGCCUUUGCCUCAGGUCCAAGUGGGAAGAAGCUGUUCCUCUGGCUUUAAAAAUGGCAACAGAGCAGGGCAGGAUGAAGUUUACUCGACCCUUGUUCAGGGACCUUUACAAUUUUGACAAAUCUCGAGACCUGGCUGUCAGAACAUACCUGGAGCACAGAGCCUCGAUGCACCCAGUCACUUCAAUGCUUGUGGGAAAAGACUUGAACCAGAAUCAGUGACAAACUGUACAGAUUUCCCUGACAUUUUCUUGUUGCUGAAAGAAGGGGCUGACUCCUCCACAAACUUUUGACAGACCUGCUUGAUUAUGCCAUAAGAAUGCUCUGCCUAAUUUAGCUCAAAAUGAACUUUUCCAAAUCCAGGUCAGUACUUCCUUUAUUGUGCCUUUCCAAG